AUCCUACAAGAAUAAUAAGACUCUCUUGAGUCUUGCCCUUGGCGAGAAGGAGGAGCCUUCAUUCAUAUUACUUUUCUAUAUUACGUCCCAUCAUAUCUCUCUCUCUCUCUCUCUCUCUCUCUCUCUCUCUCUCUCUCUCUCUCUCUCCACCACCCUUCUUCCACAAUCAAUCAAUCAAUCACUCCAACCCAAAAACAGAAAUUUUGAAUCUUCCCAACUAUGGAUUUGGCAUCAGGAUCCGGUUCACACGACCCUGGAGAACCUCCAGGUCCAUCGCAGCCUGGUGGUGCAGUUGAGUCGCCUACCGGAAGAUCAAGGUUACAAGCCACGGCAACACAAUCACUCAGCAGAUACGAGUCGCAGAAGCGCCGUGACUGGAACACGUUCUUGCAGUAUUUAAAGAACCACAAACCACCGUUGACGCUAGCUAGGUGCAGCGGCGCCCACGUGAUCGAGUUCCUCAAGUACCUCGACCAGUUCGGGAAGACGAAGGUUCACGUGACUGGAUGUCCUUACUUUGGCUACCCAAACCCACCGGCGCCGUGUGCUUGUCCACUGAAACAAGCUUGGGGGAGCCUCGACGCGCUCAUCGGCCGGCUCAGGGCGGCGUACGAGGAGAACGGCGGCCAACCGGAGUCAAACCCGUUUGGUGCUAGAGCGGUGAGGAUAUAUUUGAGGGAGGUGAAAGAUAGUCAAGCCAAGGCUAGAGGUAUUCCAUAUGAGAAGAAGAAGAGAAAAAGAGCUGGUGGUAGUACGCCGAGCACCACCGCAAAGGCAGCAAAUACGUCGGUGGAUGAUGGUGCAGGUGGUGGUGGUGGGGAUGGUGGCAUUAUUUCUAGUAGUGAUUCUGCUCCUGUCACUUCUACAUUAUAGUAUUAUUAUAAAGUAAGUUUUAUAUUAUUGAGAAAUUAUUUGUAAACAAUUUUCGAAUUAUUACUUCAAAUUAAUAUUAAUUUAUAAGAACCAAAACAUAACCAUUAUUAAGUA